AUGUCGGUGUUUAGCACUCUUGCGAAAUCAGGACGAUGGCUUGGUCGAGAGCUCGGCCUAGGUACCAUGGCAUCUGCAGGUAAGGAUGUGUACAUCAUCAUCCUGACGCGUUACAUUCGACUAGCAGCGUAUGGUGCUGUCGCGCUCAUCAUAGCACUUUUCUUCCGAGAGCAAGGCUACACCGAUGAGCAGAUUGGGUUAUUCAUGACAUUGACGCUGCUUGGAGACGUCCUUGUCAGUUUGCUCUUGACAGUCAUUGCAGACACCCUUGGCCGCAGAAGGACACUGCUGCUAGGCGCAAUGUCCAUGGCCGUCUCUGGUGCGGUUUUCGCGACAUCAAGCAAUUAUGCUGCCUUGCUUGUGGCUGCUAUCAUUGGUGUGAUCAGUCCAAGUGGGAAUGAGAUCGGUCCAUUCAGGGCUGUGGAAGAAUCAACAUUGGCACAGUUGGUCACUGAAACCAAGCGUUCAGACGUGUACACGUGGUAUGUGGUCUUAGCUGUGCUGGGUACCUCGACCGGCUUGGCCCUAGGAGGUGUGGCAUUCGAUCAGCUACAAGCGCUUGAAGGGUGGACGAGUCUGGAUGCGUAUCGGGCUAUCUUCUGGAUCUACACGGGCGUUGGCUGCCUGCAAGCCUUGUUGACUCUGUUCUUGAGCAAGCAGUGCGAACUGAGUGGCUGGCAUAAUAGCCACAAGAACCAGCCCGAGACGGAACCUUUGCUCAACGGUGCUGAAGAUCCCAAUGUUAGCGUAUCCGUCGAGCCUUAUGAAACGCCUAAGAAACCAACCAAGAGAUUCUGGCAUGCGAUCACUACGAUCUCAAAGCCGAGUCGCAUCGUACUAGUCAAAUUAUGCAGCUUGUUCUUCCUAGACUCACUAGCAAGUGGCAUGGUACCUUUCUCUUUAAUCAACUACUACAUGCAGCGGAAAUUCAAAUUACCUAACGGAAAACUAGGUGGUAUAAUGUCUGCAACUUGGUUUGCCUCUACUGCCGGCAACAUAUUUGCCUCUUCCUUGGCCAGACGCCUCGGCCUCAUCCAAGCAAUGGUCUUCACCCACCUCCCAGCAUCAAUCUUCCUCGCACUUCUACCCGCGCCAUCAGGCCUCGCACUAACAAUCUGCCUCUUGGUCGGACGCUCAGUGCUUAAUUCUAUGGACCAAGCGCCGCGGUCUGCGUUUCUCUCCAUUGUGGUUUUGCCGGAGGAACGAACAGCCGUCAUGGGCGUGGUUAACAUUCUCAAGACCUUGUCCCAGAGCAGUGGGCCGUCGGUUACAGGAGUUCUGGCUGGUCAUGAGAGAUUUUGGGUCGCUUUUGUGAUUGCAGGGUCGUUGAAGGCGACAUACGAUUUGUUGCUGCUGGUGUACUUUGGCGGACGGGUGCAGCCAAGGAAAGAGCACGAUGAGAUGGACGCCGUUGAAGAUGGGGAACCGAAUAGUAAAGGCGACAAAAUGGCUUCACUCCUUCCCGUGGCCGAUGUGCACGAAGGCGUGGUCCAAGCUGGAUCCGAUGACUACCUUUCUCAACACCCGUUGCAAAGAAUUGUUCCUCAUCAGUCACACGCAUUAGAUUUUGUUCUCUACAACGAGCUGCCACCGUUAAACGAAGAACUAAAUUUCACCGAUCUCGGCAUUCAGGCAGGGAUUUUACAACGGACUAUGGCGCCUGCACGCAUUUUGUUUUUGGAUGCGUACGACUCAUUUUCCAAUAACAUAGUUGCGCUUGUGGAGCAAAAUGUCAAAGUCGAAGUCAUCAAAAUCUUCAUUGAUGAUCCGGUCCUUACCAAGGUGAAAGCCUCACGUGACCAAACAGCCUUCAUCGAGUGUCUCAAAGGCUUCGAUGCAGUCAUUGCUGGUCCAGGACCGGGCUGGGCCAAAUGUGACAAGGAUGUAGGGCUGAUGAAAGAGCUGUGGAAGCUGCAAGAUGAACAUCUCAUUCCUGUACUCGGCAUUUGUCUUGGGUUUCAGUCUCUCUGCCUGGCAUUCGACGCCGGCAUCGAAAGACUACAAGAACCAAAGCAUGGGAUCAUCACAAACGUGCUGCACACGGGAAAAUCAUUAUUUCGAGGCGUCGAACAACUCUUGACUACCCAGUAUCAUUCACUACAUGUCACAUUGGGCCAUCCUAUUCAAACUGAGCGAGCAGUACGAUAUCCAGAGCAACUUUGGGAACCUACCGAGUCUUGUCCUCAGUUGGAACCAUUGGCCUGGGACUUUGAUAGCGGGCAAAAUGGUGCUGUUCUGAUGGCAGUCAAGCAUGUGGAAAAACCGUUUUGGGGUGUACAAUUCCACCCGGAAUCUGUGUGUACAAAUCCUGAAGGGGCGCGCAUUAUCAAAAAUUGGUGGGAAGACGCCCAAUCAUGGAAUAGAAAGCGGAUACUUCGCAACAUCACCAAGAAAAACUUCACAUCAGAUAUGCGAUCAUUGCCAUUUUCGUUUGACGACUUCUGGCGCGAACUUGGCUACUACAAUGGAAAGAAACGCACAACAUACUCGCAUGCCGAGCUCGCCGAAGAGUUGGAUGGCGACACUCUUGCUCCCGUUGAGCUAGCUUCCCUAGUAGCACAUGGAGACGGACAGAAACUGCCCGACCUACCUCCUGACGUUGUGCAUUGUGCUACAAUAGGAAGUGGGCGACUUACGGUUGCAGAAGUCUGCGAGCUGCUAGAUGUUGCGAAACACGAGGCUAUAAUACUUGAAUCAGGGCUUCAUCCCAACUUGACCCCUAUGGCCGUUGGGACUGGAAGAUACAGCAUUGUUGGCUUUGUCAUACCAGAGGAAACUCUCCGUAUACACUAUUAUGCGGGAUCACGGAGAAUGCAGCUGAGAGACGGAAACGAUGAAGUACACACCGAAUGGACUGUGUCUGAUCCAUGGCCGUACAUACGGGAAGUGAUGCAAAGUCUACGACCUUCAGUCUUACCAAAGAGUUCCACAUGGGCACCAUUCUGGGGAGGACUGAUGGGCUAUGCUUCUUACGAAGCUGGGUUGGAGACUAUCGACGUAUAUGGCCACGAGGAAGCAUCAUAUCCAGACAUCUGUUUCGCGUAUAUAACCAGGAGCGUCGUCAUGGACCACCAGACUAAGAAGAUAUAUGUACAAAGUAUCCGCGGCGACCACGAUUUGCAGUGGAUCGAGAUGGUCCGAAAUACCAUCUACGAUGCUGUCAGUAACAAAUCGCAAGCAACAACACCAAGCAUCUCGUCGACGUCAAAACCGAACCCCUUUGAUGACGAAUCAGACGAAAUGAUGAGGCAAUAUAUUCAGCGUUGCACACACUAUACCGCUGACGAGACCAAGUAUUAUAACAAGAUUCGCUCAUGUCAAAGAGCCAUAGCGGAUGGUCAAAGUUAUGAGCUUUGUCUCACGACUCGAAACGUGAUCCGCGCUCCUAAGCCGACAUCUAAUAGAAUGUCAUGGUUAGCAGAUAACGAGCAUUCUUGGAACCUCUACAAGCGACUGACUAGUCAAAAUCCUGCGCCUUUCAGCGCUUAUAUGAGACUGCACAAUGUACACGUCUUGAGCUCUUCUCCAGAACGCUACAUCUGCUGGGAUCGCUCACAGACGGCGCAGUGCCGGCCGAUCAAGGGAACCGUUCAGAAGAAGCCAGGCGUAACGAAAGAGAUGGCACAGGCGAUUCUCAACUCCUCCAAAGAGCGUGCAGAGAAUUUGAUGAUUGUCGAUCUCACUAGACAUCAGCUACAUGGCGUUUAUGGAUCCCACAAUGUCCAUGUUAGCCAGCUCAUGGAGAUUGAGGAGUAUGAGACGCUUUGGCAGUUAGUCACAGUUGUCGAUGCAGUGCCCAAUGGCAUCCAAAAGUCUGUGACACCAGAAGACUGGCAUGAGCCGAAGGAAUACCUUUCUGGCUCGGAACGACCUUCAUUCCCCUACUUGGGCUUUCAAGCUUUUGUCGAAAGCCUUCCUCCUGGCAGUAUGACCGGGGCCCCGAAGAAGCGAUCCUGCGAAAUCCUCCAAGAGGAAGAAGACGGAAUCAGACGUGGUAUCUACUCUGGUGUCCUCGGCUACCUCGACGUAGGUGGCGGCGGCGAUUUCAGCGUUGUCAUUCGAACCGCCAUCAAGAUCGACACCGAUCCUAUCGAGGCUGAAGAUGUCUGGCACAUCAGCGCAGGCGGUGCCAUCACCAGUCAAAGCACAGUAGAAGGCGAAUACGAGGAGAUGCUUGCAAAGUUCCAGAGCACGGCACGCGCUUUUACAGACUUCAAAUCCUCACAAAAGACUUUGGGUGGUGACCCGACGGUGGAGAUUAUUGAGCAUGAUGACGCGGAGCUGUUGGCCAUGAUGGGGGCGGAUCUGAGCGAUCACGAUAUGCAUCUGUUGGUCGACGCGUUUUUGUCGCAAUUUAGAAGGACGGAGGAUGCUGAAGGGCUUGCGGGGGAGAUGGAGGGGGAGAUGGAAGAGGAUUUGACUGAGGAGGCUGGGUCAGUGGAGUGA